AUGUUGGGCAAAAUUGCGUUGGAAGAGGCUUUCGCACUGCCACGGUUUGCUGAACGAACCAGAUGGUGGGCGGGAAUGUUUGCUGUGAACCCAGACAAGCACGCGGCUGAGAUCAACGACAUUACCGAGCAACGAAUCAAGUAUAUGGAUGAGUAUGGCGUGGGCUUCACCUUACUUUCAUACACCGCGCCUGGCAUUCAAGAUAUGUGGGACUCAAAGGAGGCUCAUGCUCUGGCAGUCGAAGUCAAUGACUACAUUGCAGAGGCCAUUAAGCCUCAUCCGACACGGUUGGGCGCCCUGGCAACUCUCUCCAUGCACGAUCCCAAGCAGGCGGCAGAGGAGUUGCGACGGUGCGUAACGCAGCUUGGAUUCAAGGGAGCGCUGGUCAAUGACACCCAACGGGCGGGUGCAGACGGCGAUGACAUGGUCUUCUAUGACGGACCGGAAUGGGAUGUCUUCUGGUCCACGGUGACCGAACUAGAUGUGCCCUUCUAUCUCCAUCCUCGAAAUCCUACUGGCACUAUACACGAAAAGCUGUGGGCUAAGCGAUCAUGGCUAAUCGGACCUCCCCUGUCAUUCGCUCAAGGUGUCAGCUUACAUAUUCUGGGAAUGGUCACCAACGGCGUGUUUGACCGACAUCCCAAGCUACAGAUCAUCAUCGGCCACCUCGGCGAGCACAUUCCCUUCGACAUGUGGCGUAUCAACCACUGGUUUGAGGACGUGAAGAAGCCGCUAGGCCUGUCUAAAACAUGCAAGAAGACUAUCCGCGAGUAUUUUGCCCAGAACAUCUGGAUUACCACGAGCGGUCACUUUAGCACACCGACACUGGAUCUGUGCCUGACGGAGGUUGGUGCAGACAGAAUUUUGUUCUCGAUUGACUAUCCUUUUGAGAACUUCCACGAUGCUUGCACUUGGUUUGAUGCUACGGAGCUGAAUGACACCGACAAGAAGAAGAUUGGAAAGAACAAUGCGGCCAAUUUGUUCAAGCUUGGAGAUUUUAAGGACCGGGACGCAUAG